UGUCGCCUUCAAAUAAUCGAGCACUCACUUCACUAGCAACGGCUUUACGCGUGCUGAAUCUGCAGCAAUUUACUCGACAGGUGAAUGAUAACUGUUUAUAUUUGAACGCUCGUCGAAGAGAGCAAGAGUCAGUUGGAAAAAAAAUCACGGGCUCAGUAACAUCUUGAAUCUAGAGCUGAGCCAAGGUGUGUUCUAGGGUUAGCGUGUUGAUUUACCAUUCGAAACGUAGGGAAGCAGCAAGUAAAAUUGUGUGUCCAGCAAUCAGUUUUAUUGUCCGGAGAUUACUUGAAGUGAUUUUUGAUUACGAAGGAAAGUGAGAGUGAACGGAGAAGUCAAAAUGUCGCGUUUGUCUUACGAAGCAUUCUUGGCGCAGCGCAAAGAGAUAAUCCAACAGGAGGAAAGCCGUGCCCUUGGCGCAGACAUCGUUCUGACCGAAGAUGAGACAAAGGUCAACGAAUUUGUAAUGAAGCUGAAGAAGGCCGAGUUGGAGGAAGGCUUCAAUGCACCGGUCGAGUUUGCACCAUCGCGUCAUUUCUUCCAAGUGCUGGACAAAAUAAGUCAAUCACCGCUUUACCAGUUGCUUCGAAAGAUGCCCAAAGGCGGUAUUCUUCACACGCACGAUACAGCCAUGGGCAACACAGAUGCUAUCAUUCAAGCUACUCACCGGGAACACCUUUGGCAAAGUGGAGAUUUCGGUGGCUCGAAUCCGAUUCACUACCGCUUUUCGAAAACAAAACCGGCCCCAAUCGAUGGUGCCGGCGAGUGGCACCUCGUGUCUGACAUCCGCAAGGAACUUGGCUCUGAAAAGUAUGAUCUAAACGUCAAAAACUUGCUCUCAUUAUUCCACCAAGAUCCACACCACGCCUACCAUUGCGUUAAUCACGUUUGGAGUAAGUUUGCUCAGAUUUUCAUCACUCUAGAACCCCUCGUUACCUACAAACCUGUUUGGGAUGAAUAUUACCUUCACGCGCUGGAGCAAACUUAUGCCGAUAAUGUGUGCUACGUUGAAUUCCGGGGCCUUUUGCCACCAGUCUAUGAUUUGGAGGGAAAAAUUUACACCUCCGAAGAAAUUGUACAAAACUACAUAGACCUCACCGAGCAGUUCCAGCAAGCUCAUCCGGAUUUUGUUGGUGUCAAAUUUAUCUACGCACCACUCCGUAUCGUGGACGAUAACACCUACGCUCAGUAUUUUGAUACUGCCGAGAAACUACACAAGCGAUUCCCUACAUUUAUGGCUGGGUUCGAUUUGGUGGGACAGGAAGAUCUGGGACGGCCAUUCACCGAUGUCAAUGAUCGGCUGCUCAACAUGAGCCCCACCAUCCAAUUCUUUUUCCAUGCCGGAGAAACAAACUGGUGCGGACUAUCCGACGAUAAUUUGAUUGACGCCAUUCUGCUGGGAACGAAACGCAUCGGCCACGGAUUUGCUGCCGUCAAGCAUCCGCGAGUGUUGGAGGAAAUCAAGAAGCGGAACAUUUGUAUCGAGCUGAAUCCGAUUUCGAAUCAGGUGCUCAAACUGGUCGACGACAUGCGGAACCACGUGGGAGCGAUCCUAUUCUCGGACAAUUAUCCGGUGGUGGUAUCCUCAGAUGAUCCGGCCUUCUGGUGUGCGUCCCCGCUGAGUCACGACUUUUACGUAGCCUUUCUGGGAUUGGCCUCAGCUCGGCAGGAUUUGCGGUUACUGAAAAAGCUGGCCCUAAACAGCAUAGAGUACAGUGCAAUGUCUCCGGCCGAGAAGGACGAGGCCAAACAGAAGUGGACCGUCGCUUGGAACAAAUUUAUCGCCGAAACUUUGAAAUCAAUUUCAUGAGAGAGAGAAAAAUCUGAAUAAAAAUUGGAAAU